AUGAACAUUGUGAAACUACAAAGAAAAUUCCCUGUGCUUUCCCAAGAGGACUUAUUCUCCACUAUUGAGAAGUUUAGAGCUAUUGAUCUCGAUGACAAAGGUUGGGUUGAGAAACAGCAGGCUUUGGAAGCUAUUUCUCAAUCUGGCGAUGCCACUUACGAUGUUGCAAGAGAGACCUUGAAACAGGUCAAUGUGGAUGCUUCUGGUCGUGUUGAGUUAGAUGAUUAUGUGGAAUUGAUUGCCAAGCUAAAGGAAUCUCAAGCUGGACCUGCUCCUCAAACAACUUUUGAUACUGGUUCCCCUGCUGUGAUGCAAUCACCAAAUCGUGGUGGAUUGCAACACAAAGGCAGUGGAGCUCAGGCCAAGAUUAUCGUUAGUGGCUCUACAACUGGUACUACCCACACUAUUAACGAAGAAGAGAGACGGGAGUUUACCAAACAUAUAAACAGUGUCUUAUCUGGAGAUGCCGAUAUUGGUCACCUCUUGCCCUUCCCAACAGACACUUUCCAAUUAUUUGAUGAAUGUAGGGAUGGUUUAGUGCUGUCAAAGCUGAUCAAUGACUCUGUUCCAGACACAAUUGAUACUAGAGUGUUGAACUGGCCAAAGAAGGGGAAAGAUUUGAACAAUUUUCAAGCAAGUGAAAAUGCUAACAUAGUUAUUAACUCUGCAAAAGCUAUUGGGUGUAUUGUUGUAAAUGUGCAUUCCGAAGAUAUUAUCGAAGGUAAGGAACACUUGAUUUUGGGUCUCAUUUGGCAGAUUAUCAGAAGAGGUCUGUUGAGUAAGAUCGAUAUAAAAGUUCACCCAGAACUCUAUCGUUUGUUAGAAGAUGACGAGACUUUGGAGCAAUUCCUUAGAUUGCCACCUGAGCAAAUCUUGCUACGUUGGUUUAAUUACCAUUUGAAAGCCGCUAACUGGAACAGGAGAGUCAGUAACUUCUCUGGGGAUGUGUCAGACGGUGAGAACUAUACUAUACUUUUAAACCAAUUGGCUCCAAGUUUGUGCUCUACAGACCCUCUGCAAACACCUGAUUUGUCGCAAAGAGCAGAGCAAGUGUUACAAAAUGCCGAAAAAUUGGAUUGUAGAAAAUAUUUGACUCCAAGCUCUCUCGUUGCUGGUAAUCCGAAAUUGAAUUUGGCUUUUGUAGCGCACCUUUUCAACACUCAUCCUGGUUUGGAACCAGUCGAAGAGUCCGAGAAACCUGAAAUCGAAGAAUUCGAUGCUGAAGGUGAAAGAGAAGCAAGAGUGUUCACUUUAUGGCUGAACUCCUUAGAUGUCGAUCCAUCAGUUGUUUCGCUUUUCGAGGAUCUAAAGGAUGGUUUGAUUUUGUUGCAAGCUUACGAGAAGGUAAUGCCUGGUGUAGUUCAAUACAACCACGUUAACAAGAAACCAAGCUCAGGGUCUGAAAUGUCCAGAUUCAAGGCUCUUGAGAACACCAAUUACGCUGUCGAAUUAGGGAAAGCCAAUGGAUUUUCGCUUGUUGGUAUUGAAGGCUCUGACAUCGUUGACGGUAACAAGUUAUUGACACUAGGUUUAGUCUGGCAGCUAAUGCGCCGAAACAUUAACAACACCAUUAAGAGUUUGUCUUCGAGCGGUAGGGACAUGAGUGACUCUCAAAUCUUAAAGUGGGCUCAAGAACAGGUCACGAAAGGAGGCAAAUCGUCCAAGAUUCGCUCUUUCCAGGACCCAGCUCUGGCAAAUGCGCACUUUUUGCUGGAUGUCAUCAAUGGGAUUGCACCUGGUUAUGUUGACUAUGAUCUAGUCGCUCCAGGUAAGACAGAAGAAGAAAUGUAUGCUAAUGCCAGACUGGCAAUUUCUAUUGCCAGAAAAUUGGGUGCUUUAAUCUGGCUAGUGCCUGAAGAUAUCAAUGAAGUUCGCUCAAGAUUGAUCAUCACUUUUGUCGCAUCAUUGAUGUCCUUAAAGAAAUGA